AUGGCUCUAAAAGACUUUCAACCGGGUCCGUGGCAACACGUUCCUCACAGUGUCCACGAUAUCGAGACCAAAGUAGACCAAGAUCUCAGGAUUGAUGACCAGGACCCCAAAAACACAUACUCCAAGCCAACACCAGCUGGCAUCCAGCGACCUUCAAACCUGGAUCUUGUGGCGGAGGACCGACCCACGAUAUCAACAUCCAAUCCUUCACUGCCCAUACUGCGCUCCACGCCCUCAACGUCCUCCAUAUCAUCAACUACAUCCACCAGCUCAACUACUACCACGCAGACAUUCGUGUCCACUCUAUCUUUCAGCACUAUCACAGGACCGCAUCUAAGGGAUGAACACGAGGCGGAUGACCAACUUGAUCUUGACUCUCUGGAGGUAGCCAUCCUGACACCCACAGAGAACCGUACUAUUCCAUUUUUCGACCAAGAACAAACCGAACAAGACGAAACAGCAGAGAGCGACCGAAGGCUUCAGGAACAAGAAGAUGCCCAGCCUCAGACAUCGGUGACCGCUGCGUCAGGAAGAUACACAAAGACGCCCAGCCAAUAUAGCACUGGAGCUGUCACUGUCAAACGACUACACUCUGCUGAACCAUCCAGAACCGCAGUCAGCAGUUUGACCUCACCGCCCAGUUCAUCGCCAUCAUCCAUCGUGCACUCCAUGGCUCCACACGAACAAGAGGAGGCGGUACAGGAAAUGUUGUUUGCAUCGCCAGAAUACAGGAAGAGUAUUGCGCUGAGCGAGCAUAGUGAACUGAUGCUGGACCCUUCAAGUCCAUCUGGCAGAAUAUCGUCGCUUUGCAUAUCAGACACCGCCCCGCAGUACACGAACCUGCUUCGAGAUGCUGCAAUGAUCAUCGAACAGCGGCAUCCGGACUGCAGUGAGACUCAAGACCACAAUGAUGCCAUCAGCAUCGACGCUGAACACGCUAAUGUCCGUCUCGACAACAACUCCAUAUCUCCUGAGGAAUUGGCGCACGAUGUAAAGUUAAGAGAGAGCAUGCGGACACCAGAGAAAGAGUCAUCCUCUACGACGGGAACGCCUUCUUCGAGCACCAGGAGCACUAUAACAAAAUCUCGGUCGAGACGGUUUUCUGCUCCUGGACAUCAUGGCUCGAGUCAUGUGUCACUCUCUUCAUUAACAAGGUCCUCAGAGGCAUCGUCUUCGUCGCAGGCGGCAGGAACCGAGAUACUGGACGUGGAAACAUUAGUUACAUCGGACACCAGUGUAAGAGGCCCACAGGCCAUUCAAUUAUCGGAAAUCGAGAUCGAACACGCAGAGCCGAAAUUCUUUUUGCCUGGAGUACGUCCUGGUAUGAACACCGUGGGCCUCGAGGGAACCGCGUCGAGACAUGCGGCUCCUCUUUUGCAGCACCACGCGACAAUACAACCCUAUCUUCCCAUGUUGAACGACAGUCUCAAAGCAGGACCCUCUGCUCCCUCGACUUCGGCGGCUCUGCAUCUCUCACACCUUCACCAUGAUUAUCGACCAGGUGUUGUUUUCGAGUAUUACGAGGGCGAGUGGGACUGGCUACCGAAUUUCGAUGAGAUGCGACCGGAUAACGCAGGAAUCGUCGGCAACUUUAUGAUCGAUGAUACAACGGAGCAGGAACUGUUCAGACCGCGAUAUAGUCACCAAGUGCGUCGAAAGUAUAAGGAAUCAGGGAACUUUGCGGUUCGGUUUACGACUCAUAUCGAUAUCACUCAGGAUGGGGUUUAUUCUUUCUGGCUGUCUUCGAACGAUGGCUCAGUCCUUUAUGUCGCCAACACACUAGUGGUUGAAAACGAUGGAAUGCACUACACAACCGAGGCUGAGGGGCGAAUUUCGUUGCAUGUGGGAAGGCACCCGAUAACGGUCGAGUUCUUUCACAGGAACGGCAAGAUGCUAGAAGGAUUUCGAUCGACGGGUCCGUCGUUGGUCGUGAGCUACAGAGCCCCGGGACCGCUUUGGUCGUUCGGACUGAAGGCAGGACCCAAGAAGAUUAUCAAAUCGGCUAAUCUGUUUUACGACCAUGGAGAUAUACGACUCAGGAACCUACUGCGAGAUUAUGGAGUGGACGACUAUUCUUCAAUGGAUAACAUCAAUACUAUUUCGCCAACCGGUUUGCGGCCCAACGAGUGGGGCGCGGACGGAAGAGACCUGUGGGGCCAAGGCGCAGGUGGUAACCAGCAGCGCGAUCGACCGAGCAGGUACAGGAUGAUGAGUGGAGAUAUGGGACCGAUGCAGCCCUCAAACCGCGAACUGCACGUCCAAAUGGAGAAUGCAAAGACCACGAUCAAGGAUCUUGAACAGAUUAUUCAAGACCAAGCCGAGUCGCACAAGAAGAAAAUGGCAGAGCUGUAUAGCAUUUUGCAGGACACGCAGGCACAGGUUGAUCGGUUGCUCACCGGUCUGAAGAAGGCAGCGCUCUUUGAGGCGCCCAGGAAAACGGUUCCCCAGAAUCAAACGAGCCAUCAAUCAUGGAGAAAUACAGUUAUGUCGGUGUAUGUCGAUGCAGAGGAGGACUAUCCACAACCGGGGCCAGACCAGCCAGGAACUGGCGAGGAUGACUCUGUCCUUGAGACUGAUGGCGAUGACAUUCUUGCGAAGCAUCUUGCGGAUGUUGAGAAGUUGAAAGAGCUUUACUUUUUCUCAAUGGCACUCUCCGUCAAGAUGAACAGCGAAAUGAUGGGCAAGAAGACGCCCGAAUACACCUCUACGAGCGUGCAGAAGCUAUACGAGGACUGCACAGGGACCUCCAAGGUUCCGGUGGAGGGUUGGCCGGGAUAUGUGAGCCGGCACUUUGCAAGACGACCGACCACCUAA